AUGACGAAGGGAAGAAAAACCAAAGUCUCCGAUCUUCUGAAAACACCUUCACCGGCAGCUUCUCCGACGGAAAGUUCACCGAAAUCGCCAAUCUUCACGCGAGCAGCUUCCACUUCCAAAGGCGUGAAGAGAGUAGCCGCCGCUCUUACCACCACCACUUCACCGCCUCGGAGUACUCACAAAGCUCCGAACAACAUCUCCGACCUCAAGAGACUCGCUUCUUCAAGUAUCAACGAUCUGAAACGCCGGAUCGAUCGAUCUCACUCUGAGAUCCUCAAGGAUCUCGAAGCUUCUCAUUCGCGCCUCCACAAGCGUUUCAAGAUGCAGAGUCAAGGAUGCCAGCAAGCAACGGAAGAAGCUGAAAAGGAUUACAAGAAAUUGUCGGAACGGAUUACGGAAAGCCGAGAUGCAAUGAAGGCUUCUUAUGAAGAAUUUAUGGUUGAUGCACAGGCUACAGCAUCCCGUGCAUGCAAAACUUCUAUAACUGAGCUUUCGCAGAAGUUUGAGAAGACUAUUGACUCUCUUCGAAACCGUCAUGGGAUUACAUCUAAAUAG